UUGAAUCAAAAUUUCAGAUUUCAGAAUAUUUUUUUUAAAUUUGAAACAGUAAAACAGUAUGAAAAGACCCUAACAAGCCAUCGUUGAAAAGCUGCUGUAUUAAAGAUGAUAAAACAAAUUAAAUAAGACGUUUUUAUGUCUUGUAAUUUGAAUUUUUACACCAGAAAUUUGAGUUAUAUUUAUACGGGAGCUAAUGGAGGAUAAUCCACUCUACGCUUCGCUUCAAGUUCGCCCUAGCGGAUGGGAAUAUUUUGAAAUAGACGACAUUCUAGUGUGUCAAGAAAGAGUACCAUGCACAUUUGAAUCACAAGUGAAAGAUCUUGGAUUUCUUGAUCAUGGCUCUGAUUCUGAACACAUUGAACAAGGAACUAAAAUGGAGCUUCCUUUUUGGCUUGCAAAGGAGAUUUCAAUGAGACAAGGAAGAAUUGUCUCUGUGGAGCUGCCCAAGGUGUAUCGAGAGGCAUACAGACAGAUCUUUGAGGCUGAUGCAACUGUGGUAGAUCUCAAUAAGCUGGGUCCAUAUUUUUACCAGUUUGGUGAAAAGUUACUUGAGUUUGGUAAUGCAGAAAAUCCAAGAAUUGCAGAGUCCCUCCUGAUGACAUACAUGAAUCGAAUGAGACGAAUCAUGGAUUUGUCCAUAAACAGACUUGAUGGCAGCACAGAAUCAAAAACAUUGCUACCAAAACUUGAUCAUAAUGAACGCAAUAUUUUCUCUCACUCUCAAGAAAGUUUAAGGCGGUUUGAACAAUGGAAACAUGGGGUUAUAUCCAAGUUGAUAACUUCAAAAACUGUUAUUAAUCAAAAGAAAAGAAAGCGCACAGAGGAUGAUUAAUUUUAGGGAAAUCAUGCAUGUUGUAAAAUAAAUGUAUAAAAUAAUGUAGUUUAGCCAACCAGUUAUGUAUGAUGUUGACUUAUCCGUAGUAAUUAACUUAUCAAAAGACUAGAGUUGUUGUCAACUUUCCUAGUGUCAUUCUGACAAAAAU